AUGGGUCGGGCUAGGGAAGUGGGUUGGAUGGCAGCAGGACUAAUGAUUGGGGCUGGUGCCUGCUACUGCGUUUAUAAACUGACCAUAGGAAGAGAGGACAGUGACAAGUUGGAGGACGAAGAGGAAGAAUGGGACCAGGAUGAGGAAUUUGAUGAGGAAGAGUCUGAGGUAUGGUUUGAUUUCACAACUACUGCUAGGCCCUGGAGUGAUGAUGAAAACUGGACCGAACCCGGGGCUCCAGGUGGCACUGAAGAUAGGAGCUCAGGUGGUGGCAAGGCCAACCGAGCACACCCAACAAAGCAGCGUCCAUCCCCGUAUGAACAUAAAAACAGUUGGAGUGCUCAACAUUUUAAUAAUGUCAGCUGUCUUCUUUACCUUUCUGACAGUCCUUUAAUUCAGGUAAAAAUGUUUGCUCAGUCCAAGGAUGCUGGUUUUUCAUGUAGCCACAAUAUCAGUAGUCAUUUAACCUGUCUUUCCACUGUUGGAAACACAAUCUCCACUCCAGAUCCCACUGUUGAGGAGAAAGCUUUCAGAGAGCUAGGCAACAUGAACGUAAGUGCUGAAAAUCAGGGCCAGAUUAAGAUGUACAUCAACCAAUUGUGUCGCAAGACUGUAUCUCUUUGCUGCAACUCCUUUCUGCAGCAGACAGGAUUAGAUUUGCUAACAAGCAUGACAGCAAUUAAUAACAUGCUUGCCAAACCCGUUUCGGACUUGAAGUUUCCUUUGAUAUCAGAGGGAAAUGGAUGUGCUAAGGCUCAGGCUUUGAAACUGCUAAUGGAUUUGUCUGAAAAGCCAGUCUUGGCAGGGGGGUUGCUCAGGGCCCACAUGCUGUUGUCAUUCAUGCCCCUCUUUAUUGGAAAUGGAAACAGAGAGAUUUUCCUGGAUGCCCUGGCCUCUUAA